UCCAACUCGCAUUAGCCGAACUCACUCCUUCAGUUCAGUUCAGACCAAACUUGGCUACAACGUUUGAUAUUUAGGAGUUCCUGUGAUUGAGAAUGGCGCACUCUCUGUGUUUUGCUCCCAUUUGUUCCUUGAAAUCCUCAAACAGACCUGGGGCAGUUACCGGUAAUUCGGUUACCCGAAAGGCUUUUGAGAUGAAAGAGGUGUGUCAGAAUUCUGAAGUUCCAAACUUUCAGUCCUUGAAGGUUAAGGCUACAGAAGAUAACACUACAAAAAGCACAAAAGUUAGGAGCAUUGUUUGUUCUGAUUGUGAUGGAAAUGGUGCAAUAUCAUGUACUCAAUGCAAAGGUACUGGAGUUAAUUCAGUAGAUCACUUCAAUGGACAAUUUAAAGCCGGUGGAUUGUGUUGGCUAUGCAGGGGCAAAAGGGAUAUUUUAUGUGGAUCUUGUAAUGGAGCUGGCUUUCUUGGUGGAAUCAUGAGCACAUUUGAUGAUUAAAAGUUUGGUUAGAUUGAAUUCAAAGAUUCCUAAUGGCUAUACAAAGAGAAAAGGAUGUAGGAAUCUGCUUGUUCCUUCGUUGGUCUUUAUGCAAUGUGUACUAAAUGAUGUAUUCUGCAGUUUUGGAAAUAAGAUUUUUGUCUGACAACCAAGUGUUUAAGGUGUC